AUAAUUAGGCUGGUUGAGUGGAGAAAUAAACUUGAAGGCAGCCAUGGCAUCGUCGCUGUCGCCACCCAAAGUUCCGAUGGAGCUCCACGUCGGAAACCGCCAGAAGCUUCUGGGAUCCCUUCGCCAACAUCUGCUUCAGUCGAGCGUCCUUCUUCGCGGCUUCGUCCUCCUCCAGGGUGGCCAAGAGCAAACGCGUCACGACACUGAUCACCUCGAGCUCUUCAGGCAGGAGAGUUACUUCGCCUACUUGUUUGGAGUCAGAGAACCUGGUUUCUAUGGAGCUAUUGACGUUGAAAGCGGGGAAUCUAUACUCUUUGCUCCUCGGUUACCUGAUGAGUAUGCUGUUUGGCUGGGAGAAAUAAAACCACUGUCCUAUUUUAAGGAACACUACAUGGUUAGCACGGCAUGCUUCACAGAUGAAAUUGCAAGUGUUUUGCAAGAGCGUUACAAGGGUUCGGGGAAACCCUUGCUCUUUCUCUUGCAUGGCCUAAACACAGAUAGCAACAAUUUCUCUACACCAGCUGACUUUGAGGGCAUCGACAACUUCAAUAAGGAUCGUCAUCAAGUCAGAAAUGGAGAUUGCUCUUGUCCAGUAUGCAAAUGAUAUUAGCUCUGAAGCUCAUGUUGAGGUUAUGAGAAAUGCUAAAGUGGGCAUGAAGGAGUAUCAGCUAGAAAGCAUGUUCCUUCACCACACCUACAUGUAUGGUGGAUGUAGGCAUUGCUCCUACACAUGUAUAUGUGCUACUGGUGAUAACAGUGCUGUUCUCCAUUAUGGGCAUGCAGCAGCUCCAAAUGACAAGACUCUGGAAGAUGGAGGGAUGGCACUACUUGAUAUGGGAGCUGAAUACCACUUCUUUAUGCUCAAUUUAUACUUUUCUGUGCAGAUAAAUGGAAAGUUUACGAUUGAUCAGUCUCUGAUAUAUAAUGCUGUCCUUGAUGCUCAUAAUGCUGUUAUAUCUGCAAUGAAGCCUGGAGUAUUCUGGGUUGAUAUGCACAUAUUAGCAGAAAGAGUCAUUUUAGAGGCACUAAAGAAGGGACAAGUUGUUGUAGGUGAUGUUGAUGAGAUGGUGACUGCACGCUUGGGUGCUGUUUUUAUGCCACAUGGUCUGGGCCAUUUCCUUGGUCUUGAUACACAUGACCCUGGGGGCUACAUAAAGGGUCUGGAAAGAAGAAAGGAACCUGGACUAAAAUCAUUGCGUACAGUCAGAGAGCUCCAGGAAGGAAUGGUCAUCACUGUGGAACCUGGAUGCUACUUCAUUAAUGCUCUGUUAUGUCCAGCCAUGAAUAGUCCAGAAACCUCCAAGUUCAUCAACCAGGAAGUAAUUAAAAGAUUUAAUGGCUUUGGUGGAGUCCGUAUUGAGAGUGAUGUGCUGGUUACUGCCGCUGGUUGCUACAAUAUGACCAAGUGUCCCAGGGAAAUAAAGGAGAUUGAGGCAGUGAUGGCAGGAGCACCAUGGCCAAUUAAGAAGACUUUGUCUAAUCAUGUAAAUGGGAACAGCUCUCUCGGUUUCUAGUUAGUUAUAGGCAUGUAUGGCCAUAGUUGUAUACUAUUAGAAAAUACUUCCUCAGUGUGUGCUUUUCUUAUCAGAGAUGAGACUGCAAGUUUACUUAAUAAAUUCCAGUCGUGGAGGAUCAUAAAUUUCAUAAGAAUAUGAAUCACUACCAAGUCUCGACUCUCGAAUUUCUUUUUUGGGAGGACUUACUAUGAA